CUUACUCUUUGGUUAUUUACUCAAACUCAAAUGAGCUCUGAGCUCUGAGAUUUGUGUUGAAAAACAAAUUAACUAAAUUUUGAAAAGUAAAACUUCCUAUUAAUCUAUUUAUAAAUAGUGUGAACCAUGUGUAUUUUGGUAGAUACACUUCAUCACUACGCCGGUCGUAAUCCCAGGAAGUUCGUGAAGAUAUGUCAUCCGGUGGCUGUAAUCUUGGGACUGGCUACCGCUGUCCUUUUGUUCCUGGUGCAAAUGCUACAUGUGGCGCCACAGCUGCUAAGCGAUGUGUUAUGCAAACUGUACUGGAUGCUGGCCAUCUUCAUAAUGUACAAUAUCCUGGGGAACAUGUUGGCCUGCUACCGUGCCACAUCGUCGGUGGCUAGUCUGCCCGAAGAUAGGCAAGUGCCAGCAACGGAAGAGAAGCAUCUGUGGCACUAUUGUGAUUUGUGUCAAAAGAUGUCGCCUCCCAGAUCCUGGCAUUGCAAGCUGUGUGAAUGUUGCAUUUUAAAGAGGGACCAUCAUUGCAUUUUCACUGCCGGCUGCAUAGGACACAAUAAUCAUCGAUACUUCUUCUGGUUCACCUUCUAUACGGCAUUAGGAACUGGCCUAUGUCUCGUCAGCACCUUUAUAUUAUUAGUAAGGAAUCAUUUGGCUCUGCAACUCAUUAACUUCUCAACCUUCUUGGACACUUUACUGUUCACCAUUACGCUCUUUGCCUGGGUAGCCACUGUUGUCAUGUUGUCAUUCCAAAUACAUGUUGUCUACCUUAACAAUUCGUACUAUCAAAUACUCGAUCGGACCUACGAUCUGGGUAUCAGAUCGAACUGCAGAAUUAUAAUGGGUCAGAGAGGAUUGUGGACAUUUCUAUCGCCCACAAUAAAGAGUCCUUUGCCCCACGAUGGCACCCAAUGGAAAAGGAGGCAUAGUGAAUGAGUGGCUUUCUUAAAUCUAAAUUCGUAUUUGUGUGUGAAAUAAAUCCUUAACUUGUAGAACAAGA